ACAAUGACGUCAACACCUCCGGCACCGGUUUUGCUGUGCAGCCAGUCUGCCCCGAUUCGGCAGCCGACAGCUGAGGAUAUCCACCCAGGCGGACUCCGCCUGCUCCUAACGGCAUUUUGUAAAGACCUAAACACUGGACUCUAUUAUUUUUUAAAAUGGCGAAAACGUACGACUACCUCUUCAAACUGUUGCUUAUCGGAGACAGCGGCGUCGGUAAGACAUGUCUGCUGUUCAGAUUCAGCGAGGACUCCUUCAAUACCACCUUCAUAUCUACAAUAGGGAUCGACUUCAAGAUCAGAACCAUAGAGCUGGAUGGGAAACGAGUUAAACUCCAGAUUUGGGACACUGCGGGACAGGAGAGGUUUCGCACCAUUACCACAGCUUACUACAGAGGAGCAAUGGGUAUCAUGUUAGUCUACGAUAUCAGCAACGAGAAGUCCUUUGACAACAUAAAAAACUGGAUUAGAAACAUUGAAGAGCAUGCCUCAUCUGAUGUGGAGAAAAUGAUCCUGGGUAACAAAUGUGACAUGACUGACAGGAGACAGGUGUCGAAAGACCGUGGAGAAAAACUGGCUAUUGAUUAUGGAGUGAAGUUCUUAGAAACUAGCGCAAAGUCUGGCUUAAAUGUAGAAGAGGCCUUUUAUACUAUUGCAAGAGACAUAUUGAACAAUCUGUGCUCAAAGACGACUGACAGCAGCGGCGGAGGAACCGGAAGACCGGUGAAGAUUACCGAUAAGAAGUCAAAGAGAAUUAAAUUCUUCAAGUGUUCACUUCUCUAAGCAGCAGGCAGACAGUCGUCACAUUUCUAUCGUGACCUUGCUUGUUUUAGAGGACUCCUUCCUCUCGGGCUUCCUCGCUGCAGCAGCACUGCUCUUGCACACACGGUCUUACUGCCACCUGAGGUCUUGGGCAGUCGAGACGCUGCCCUGAUUUGCUGAUCAGAAGAGUAUUGGUGGAGACUGAAGGCCUGAUACUUUGUGUCUGCUCAUACAAAAGACUCGUGCAGGGGUUUGUAGCUUUCCCUGCAGUGCCUGCUUGCAGCGGGCAAUAAUUCUGCUGCCGUUUAUAAUAUAAAAAUACAUAGGUUGCACAUUGUUGUCUUAUUAUUUUACAUACCGUAGCACCAUUUUUAUAAUAUAUAUAUACUACCUACUAUCAGAAUUCCUAUGAAGAUGCUUUGAGAUAUCAGGUUUAAACAUUGAUUGUAUGUGUCUGUAUGAAGUUCAUGUAUAUUACUAAGCUUUUGGCCUUUUUGUUGCACUGACAUUAGCUCUGCUGCUGCGGAGAAUUGUGAUAGAAAUUAGAAUAGCUAAAAAUAAGCAUACUAAUACAACUUAUGUAUUCUAAUAUUUUUUUAUUUUUUCAUAGAACCCACAUUUAUAGAUGUUUCAGUGUUAAAAUGAAACUGGAAGGAGUGUUUUUUUUUUUUUUUUCUCAGAAGCAGGACUGAAUUCACAGUGUUAUACAAGUGUAUUGUUUUUGCAUGAAAGCAGUAGGGAGAUCCCAGUGGGGGCUCGGUACUAAGCACAGAGUAUCUGACAAAAGAAAAUGUUUACAGAUAGUAUUUGAAAAUGUCAAACAUAUAUAGAAUAUUGGUGUGUUUUGCUGUUCACGUUGUAUAUGCAUGCAGUUUUUUUACAGAAACCGAGUAUUUAGUAGAUUUUCAUUCACAUUUCCUUUCCAUGAAAACACAUAAUUGGGGAAAAAAACUGUAAUGUGACUGGUAGUCUUUGUAAGUUCUCAUAUGUUACACCUACAGAAAAGAGCAACAGUAAAGAAAAAAAAAAUCUUCAGAA